CCCGAGAGGUGGCCCCAGAACCGCAGCCCUCUUCCCUCCCCUCUUUCUCUCUCCCACUCCCCGACUCCACCUCUCUUCCCAAAACCGCAGCAGCAGCCUCUGUCCCGCUUCACUCGCUCCGCCGGCAGCCGCGGAGGCGAGCAGGGAGCUCCUCAGGGCGGGCACGGCCCGGGGUGGGAGCAGCCCCGCCGCUUCUCCGCCGCCUCCCCCCUGCCAUGGCCGGUGUGACGGCGGCCCUGCUUUGACAAUGCUGCUGGGAGCCCCUCGGGCGGGCGGCUGGGAUCGCGGGCGGGUGGGCGAGAGGCUGCAGGCUGCCCUGGCCGGUCUGCAGGAGCUCCAGGUGCUGCGGGAGAAGCAGCGGGAGCUGGUGAGGGCCGCCCUGGCCAUGCCGCAGCGACCGGCGGAAUGCGGAGGAGAGCAGCCCCAUAGCAAGGAACACCGGCUGGAAGCCACCCUCACCGCCCUCAAGGAGCAGCUGUCUCGUUUGAGGAGACAGGAUGUGGGCUUGAAAAGCCACCUGGAUCAGCUGGACCAGCGGAUAAGUGAGCUGAAACUGGAUGUCAGCAAGACCUCCAGUGAAUACCUGGACAGUGACAGCAGACCCAGCUCAGGCUUCUACGACCUGAGUGAUGGUGGCUCCUGCUCCCUCUCCAACUCUUGCACCUCUGUGUACAGUGAGUCCAUCUCCUCCUCCCACACCAGUCUCCUGCCUGGCUCCCAGCACCCUAAAGCAAGGCUCAGUGUGUUUGAUUACAGACCCAAGUCUGCAGAUGAAACCACAGUGCACACCACCAGCUUCCAGCAGCAGGGACCCUGUGUCAGCACUGGAUGUGGGAUUGCAGCUUGCACAGACCUUGCUGGGACUCCUGCCAGAGCCAGACCCAGGCCAGUUUCCACAGGUGACUUGGAAAGGCUCAUCCCAGCAGACAGUAGAUUUCAGAAAGAGCCAGACCCCAAAUCCCUGUUGCCUCAGUGCCACACCAGAGAUGUUCACUUGCUCAGCGUGGACCCCAAAUUCCAGAAUGAUUUGGUCUCCAAGAACGGGGUGGAUGUGUACCCUUACCCCAGCCCCCUUCACGCCGUGGCUUUACAGAGUCCCCUUUUCUCCCUGGUGGGGACAUCCCCAGAAGCAGAUCUCCAGGCUCAUCCCAGCAAACCCAUUCACAGUUCCACGGCUCCCAGCUUGGUUAGGACUAGGCCAAGCCCUGAGGCCAAGCCAGGGGGUUACAUCCAUAAAUUACUGCAGCUGACAAGAUGCAAAGGGACCAGUGAAUGGGUUACAACAAAGAGCCAGCCAGCCACCAUGCACCAGAGACUCAUUAUAACCCCCAGCACUGGGGGGGUGAAAAUUAACAGCAGCAAUAGCCAGCUGGAAAAACAAACCAGCUCUCUGGAAAGUCACCAAGCUGAAGGAAAGCUGCAGAGAGAGGUGCUGGAGGGGGAACGUGCCAAGCUGCAGGAGGAUGGGGAGCAGCCACCCUCUGGUCCUGCCCUGGAGCCAUCAGCUGGGAAUAGUUGUUACCCUGCCAAGUCAGCAGCCAGGGGCUCUCCUCUGGCAGAGGGAUCAGAGAGCAGCUUGGAGUGCAGCUCAUCCAGCUCACAGCUCUGCCAGGAGGACUCCAGCCCCAGCUCCUGGAAGGCUCAGGCUGUGCCAUCCAGCAAGCUGCCCCUCAAGAGGUGUAGCAGUGCCAAAGUGCCUCAUGCUGGGGGCCAUGACCCGGCGGCACGGGGGGAGUUUGUUCACGCUCAGUUUGUCCCUGCAGAAUCCCACCAAAUCCGGGUCAAGUUUGCCAGCUCCAAAACGAAGGCAGUGAAGAUAAAGAGGAGGAACAGUGAGAAGGUGCUGAGGCCCGGGAAGCAAAGCUUUUCCAUGGAGAAGGUGAGAGGGUCCCACAGGCUGCCUGCCGAGUGGAACCAGCCCCAGAGGCCACACGGAGCAAAGAGCCUGGUGCAGAGACCUUCGUAUUCUGGGGAUGUGACGGGCAGGUCCUGCUCUGAAUCCAGCCUGCUCCCCGUGCAGCUCAGGCUGCCCACUGUGCCAUCCAGGCCAGAGCUCUACAGAUCCUCUGUCACCACACUCUGCUCCCUCCAGGCACCCCGCGGGGACACGGCCACCAAGAGGAAGCAGCGCAAGUGGCAAUCCACAGGGGAGAUCUCUGCCAAGCCCCACCUGCCCACCAGCUCCAACAACAACAGCUUUGUCCUGGGAGCAGCCCGGCAGGCAGGCAGGAGGGGUGGUGUCCCUCGUGCUGGCAGCACCAGGGCUCAUCCCAAGAACCAGCACCAGGGAAGUGACACCAGGAGCGAGUCGGAGCACUCGGAGUACUCGGCAGAGUGCGCGUCCCUCUUCCACUCCACCAUCGCCGAGACCAGCGAGGGGGAGCUCAGUGACUUCACCACCAACCGCUUCGGGGACAGCGAGUCCAGUGAGAGCGAGUCAGAGGGCAGCAGCAAUGGCAGCAGCCUGGCCCUGGACUAUGAGGAGGGGGAGGAAAGUGACCUGAUCUGGCCUGAAGGUUCUGUCAGACAAUCCGGGGCUGUCCAAGCUUCUUCCAAGCCUCUUCCUCCAGUGCCCAAAAUCUGUCGCAUCAAAGCUUCCAAGGCGCUAAAGAAGAAGAUCAGGAGGUUCCAACCUGCCUCCCUGAAGGUCAUGACCAUGGUUUAAGGGUGAGCAAGCAUCUGAUCCUUACAGUGAGCCUUCCUUCGGGCUCUCCUGUGCAAAACAAGAGGAUCCAUGUGCAGAGAAAAAGACUUGGAACUGUGAAUAACCCCUGGAUCCUGUGGACACACACAUCUAUUUUCUCUUUUGCCAUUUACUCUGUAAAUAUGGAGCUGUGUAUAUUGUGUGAUGCCUUUUUCUUUUUUUUUUUUUACUAUGCAGAAAGGUCACCAUGGUGAAAAUGGAAACAACCUCUGCAAUAACAUUUUACAGGCAGGCUCUUGAUGGUUUCUUGACCAUAUGCACUUAGAGAAUCAAUCCCAAACACAAAGGCUUCCCUAGAAGGGCUUUUCCCAAUUGGAUAUUUGGUAGCAUCCCUUCCUCCUGUCUGGAAUUCUUUGCAAGUAAGCAUCCAUCUCUGCUUGGAUGGAAAAGCUCUGAGUGCUUGCCAUAGUUCUGCUUCCUUUCAGGUCAACCAUCCUAUUACCUUCUCCCAAACGUCAGGAGGACAAGUCUGUUCUUCUGUAAAAACACACUAUGCUUAACCAAGAAGACAAAUGUCUUUGUGAAUGAGGACAAGGCUUCAGCUUGUUUGCUGUUUGCAAAACUGAGAGGACAGGGGUUUUAUUUCAACCCCCUCUUUAUGACGUUCCAAGUUAUUGUUUGUUUGCUGAAUGGGGGAAAGAACCUGAGGGCUGAGUGCCCCAGCGUGUGAAUAGCUGGGACUGAGAUUAUAGCUUUGCCCCUGAAAUUGCAAACUCAAUAAAUACUAUUUAAUGUACUUCU